UAUGUUCAAAGUCAAGAUUCUCCAAUUAUUUGAUUCCUUUGUAUUAAAUACUGUCGGGCCAUACUAUAGGAGAAUUGGAAAAAGCUUCCUUUCACAAGGAAAUGAUAUGCUUGGAAGCGAAGCUAGUGAUGAUCGUUUAGUGUAGUGUUUGAGAUAAGUACAAACUAAUGGUUAAACUCCAUAAAUCAGUGAAGCAUUAUUUACUGCCCCUAAUUCUGUUUUAGUUGGAAACGUUAUUUUAAAGCAGAAGUACUAUUAGAUGUGUUCAUCAUUAGCUCCUCUGUCUGGUAUGGUGCCACAUUGCGUGCUGAUUAAAAUGCUAUAACAGUAGGCAAGAAUGCUUUAAUAUAAGAUAAUGUCUAUGUAAAAGCAACAUAACCAGUGACUUUAGGAAAUAACUCUUAUGUAGGACCAAAUUCAAAUUUAUAAGGAUGUUUAAUUGGAGAUGAUGCAUUUAUUGGAAUGGGAUCAACAAUUAAAUAAGGUGCUUCUGUUUAAGGAAUUGUUGCAGCUGGAUCUCUUGUACCAGAAGGCACUCAAAUUAAAUAAGGGGAAGUUUGGGCUGGAUCUCCUGCCAAAUAUUUAAGAGACAUCACACCUCAAGAAUUACAAAUCCUUAAAGAAUAUAAAUAAGAAUUAAUGGAAUUAGCAUAAGUUCACGGUGAAGAGACAUCAAAAAGUUUCAGAUAAGUAUUUUAAAUAUUUAUUUUAGAUUGUUAUUGAUACAGAUGAGAGAUUAUUAAAAUAAUAAAGAGGAAAUGAAGAAGAAGCUUUGUAAAAAAUAGCCGAAUUGAAUUUUCCUUUAGAAUAUGAAGAUGAAGAAUUUAUUGAAUAGAGAGUAUUUAUGAAAUAAUAACCACCUAUGUUUAUGGACUCUGAAAAUCUUUUUAGUCAAUAAGAUUAAUAUGAAUAGGAUCUAAAUUAAUUUUCUGAAAGUAAUCAUAAAUAUCAAUCAAUUAGAUAUGUAAAAAUAUGGUGAAGAUUAUCAAAUUUAUGAGGAGGCUAAGAAGUACUUUGAGCAAAACCCAUAAGCUAAAGCUAAUCAAUUCUAACCAAAAUCUGAAAUCCCUGAUGAUUAACCAUGGAGUAGAAAAUAUUGAU